AUGAACCCCGACGCCGACGCUGCUUCCGACGCCAACGGCGACAGCUCGACCCGAUGCGAGGCCUGCAAAUCGUGCGGGGCCGUUCUGGAGCUGGACGGCUGCGGCCACCGCUUCCACCCACGCUGCAUCUUCACAUGGCCGGCCACGCAUUGUGAAGUCUGCGACGAGCCCGUGUGCGCCAUGCUCGUGUUCCGUGAAACCCGAGGCCUGCCCAACUCGGGGGCGCGUAAGGGCAAAUGGAGCGUCGACGAGCACAAGUACGCCGACAUGGUGAUGAAGCAGUUCCAGGUGGGCGCGCUGCCGCUCGCGGACGGGUUGCACCUGCGCGUCUUCAUGGCCAACAUGCUGCAGUGCGACCCGCUGCGCGUGACCAAAAAGUACACGGGCCAGGCAAUCGGCAAGCAGAACUUCUCCUUCCAGCACCGCAAGAAUUACUGCUACAAUCUGCACGUGAAGCUCCAGAAGCAGCUCUCCAACCUGCGCAACCACUACUACUGGCACGUCCAGUACCGCUGCAAGUUCGGCCCUAACCUCAACAUCCAGGACCUCAAGGCGGCCGAGGCGGAGUACUGGGUUCGCGAGUUCUGCAAGUUCGCCAAGAAAAUCGGACAGAGGGUCGAGUUCGUCGCUGCUUCGACCAUAUUGCUGCCCCCUGUGUCCAGCCUUGUGGCGCAGGUACCUGAUGCAAAAACCGAUAACGACGCUCCAUACAGGAAACUAGUCGCGAAAGGCGAAGAGGACAGCACUGUGCCGUCCGUGAAGGACGGACUGAGCAUGAUACUCGGGCUUUCUUCCUCGAUGGACCAGUCCCCCUCGCCACUGAGCUCUGACGAAUGGAACGACCCGUCCGCCUUUGUGGAUAUGACCCUCACAGACCUAUCGCAGGGCGAGCUGUCCGUUUCCUCGAGUGCAGAGGCUCCGUCCCAGGCGUGCUCCCACGAGAGCCUGAAGAAAGGCAGCUGGAUGAACGAAUGGAUGAAGGAAGCAGAGCUCGAGUGGAGCAAGGGCGCUAUCUCGUGGUCGCUCUCGCUCUCUGCGGAGCCCCUCGCCGACUUCGCGUAAGUCGGUCAGCCGCGUCACCGAUCGGAAGGCGACAAGCACCGCACUAAACUAUUGAGUCGCACUGGUUUGCACGAAGCGCGCAACAGCGUAGAGAAACAUAUACCUCGGAAACAUUGAUAAUUUAUUCGGCAUCAUAUGCACGCAACGUGUGGCGGCCU